CUCAGUGCCAUGCGACAAAUAUUCCAAUAUUCCAGUAUCCAUGUUGCAUUUGUACAAUGUACUUGAUGAAAUCUUUUUUCAAUUUGGUAAAGUGUUUUAGUGUUCUUUAAUCUUUUCAUAUUUCAGUCGUGAAAAAUUGUAUUAAAUUUUGAAAUUUAAAUUGACUGUGUUCUACUAUUCUACAGUAUUAUAAUAUUUGACAGUCACGGUUGUUUCAUAAUUCAUAAUUAACAGUACCUACAUAAUAUAGUCAGUUGCAUACUAUAGCAUCGUGGUUUUGAUUAUUAUGUAUAUUUGUCGAUAUCAUAAUUUAAAAUUUGUUCAUUCGACGAAUCAGUUUUAAUUUUUAAGUUGUUUGUACCUAUAAUUGAUCAUUUUUAAAUAUGUUGGUUGUACAGAGUAUUCUGUUGAAUUACUGCGAUGAUUUUUUAGAUUAUAUGAAGUCUAUUAUUAACCGUUAUUUAUAUAAUAGCGAAACAUCUGAUAUGGAGAUUAAAGAAAAACCAAGGAUAAAUCUCGGGCUAUUAAGAAUCCCUUAACCUCGAGGGUUCCUGGUACAAUCAGGAAGAAAAAAUAAUAGAAAUUAUCAGUCAAGAAUCAUGUGUAUGUACACUGGACAAAUAUGGCUUAAAAUUUUGGCCACCAUUGUAUAUGCAAAGAUACAUGGCUAUACAAGAAAUUAUUGAACAUCCUAUUUGGAAUGGUUCAAUAAAAAAAGUGGUUGAUUUUGGUUGUUCGGAGCUUGGUUUAUUUAAAUGUAUAAAACUAAUUCCAGGACUCAACAACAUUAUUAAUGUUGAUGUGGAUUUUGAUACAUUGGAUAUAAAUCAAUUUAAAGUGUUACCAACUAAUUAUGAUCAUAUAUCAAUGCAUGAACGUAAAGAGCCUUUGACAGUAGAAAUUUAUAAUGGGAGUAUAGCUGACCAAGAUGACAGAAUGUUAGGCGUUGAUGCAGUUAUAUGUAUUGAAUUAAUUGAACAUUUAUAUUUGGACGUUCUGGAAACACUACCCUAUACUGUGUUUGAAUUCAUUAAACCAAAAUUAGCCGUAUUCACUACACCCAAUGUAGAAUUCAAUUUUAUAUUUCCAAAUUUUACAACAGAGUUUAGACAUGAUGACCAUAAAUUUGAAUGGACUAGAAAACAAUUUAAGGAAUGGGCUAAAAAAAUAAUUACCCGUUAUUCAGAAUACGCUGUACAAUUUGAUGGUAUUGGAGCUGGUCCUUCUGGUACAGAAAAUAUUGGUUGUUGUAGUCAAAUGGCUAUUUUUUACAGGAAAGAUAUGACUACAUCCCCUGUUAAACCUACUGGUUCUACUCCUUAUAAAUUGUUGAGACGCGUUAACUAUCCAUAUGAACUUGAUGAUGAACAUUAUUGGAAACGGUCCAUAUUUGAAAAGCUAAGAAAAUUUGUUUCAGAAGCUUCAUGCAAUAAGAAAUAUAUAGUUGGUGAUAAUAUGGAAAUACCGUUAAGUGAUAUUAUGCCACAUGUUUCAGAAUGCUGUUCAUCUAUAGAUAAAUUAAAAGAUGUUGUCAACGAAGCCUAUAUGAUCAUAACAAAUGAUCACAAAGAAUACUUAUUGAUAAAAACUAAGUCAGAAGUCAGUUCUGAUGAAUAUGAAUCAGAUUCGGAUUCUUCUUCAAACAAUAGUGGACAGGAGUACAAUUUAUGUGAAAAAAUGGACAUUGAUGAUUUAAAUGAAGAUUGGAAUGCAUCAGCAGGCUUGAGUCCAGACAAAUCAAAAAUUUGUUAUUCCACUCCAAUGACUAAAAAUCCAGAAUUCAAAUCCUAUUUAGAUAAUGUGGACAGUUUUAGCACAGUGCAUUCAAAUUCGGAUUUAUAUAAAACAGCAGUUGAUUACAAUAAGAGUGAAAAUACUGAAGAUAUGGAAAUCUCUUCUAGUUGUAAUGGUAGCAUUGUUGUUGAAGACUGUAAAAUUUAUCAGGAUUUCAGAACAGGCCGAAAUAAUUCUGUAAUCAAUGAAGAAGAUAUCAAUGAAACAGAAGAUACAUUGACAUGCGUUACAAAAAAUCUUGAAUUUUCUAAUGAUGAUGAUGAACUAAACGGCAACACGGUCAAUGAUAACACUAUUAUUCAAAAUAAUAGUAAUGUAUCUUUAAAAGUAAAUUGUACAUCUGAUACAACUCAUAAACUUAAAUCUAAUCAUUCUGAUGAAAUACGUACAACUAUCUAUGACGAAGAAAACAAAAUUGAUAACCAACCAACAGUGUGCUUCAAUAGAACUUUGUUAGAUGAAAAUGAUUUUACAGAAAACUUGUUACUUACUCCCGAUAAAGAAUUGUCAAAAAAAUGAAAAUUUACAAUUAAAUAUUUAAAUAAUUAUAAUAAUUCAUAAUACAACAUAAUCUUAAACAAAUGCUACAACACUUAUAAUUGCUACAGCAUAAUUUGUUUAUUAUUUAAUGAAUGUGUUGAACAGUAUUGGUUUUGAAAUUUUAAUGAUGAAGUACUUAAAUGAUCUAAUUUUAAAUUGUAUGUGUAAACAACUUAUUGUAAACUUAAGACUGUAUUUAAAUUUAAUAGUUAUAAAAUUUUUAACAAGUGAUGGGUAUUAAUAUGUGUUCCUUUUAUUUUCAUUAUUUGACAUCUGUUUUUAAAUAUUAAACUUAAUUUGUUGUUUUAUUUAUUUUUCUUGUUAACAACUAAUAAAAAAAAAAAAAAAAUUAAAA